UUCGCUUGGCAACCGCGGCGGCGUCGGGCUGCGUCCCCGGAGGCCUUUAGGGUAACAAAAGAGACACACUGCUAAAAAGCAGGGAGGGAAACCCAGGCGUUCUGGCCCCACCCAGAGGACACUCUGCUGUGCUCCACACUGCCUCUCGUGGGGUGCUGGGAUAGAGAGGAAGACAGGUGUGCAGGCCUGGUCCUGUUCUGAGGGCUCUGCUGAACCGGAUCCUAUGAGGUUAUUUUGUAAACUCUAACAUAUGACUUGUAAGCUGGACAUGAACAAGAAUUUGUGAUAUAGCCUUUUUACCAGGAUUGAAGAAGACAGAAAGAAAAAAAUCUUGGACAAAUUAAUUGCAGGAAGAAAUGAUCAAAUUUUGGCUUACAUAUUUUGCAACAGUGGUAUAACACAAAGAAGUAAGCAAAUAUGGCAGAAGUGUGGUGGCUUUGGCGUCUACUUUUGGCCGUAGUGGUGGCCCUGUUAUUCGUGACUCCCGGGGUUCCUACACAUCCUUCCCGAUGGAAGAAGGUGUUGGCCAAAAAGGUCAGCCAGCUGAUGAAUUGGACCAAGAAAGACAGAGUGAUAAGAAUGAGUGACAUCAUGUUUUAUCAUUUUGCAUUAGAUGCACCAAAAAACUAUUCUGUUAUUGUGAUGCUUACUGCUCUCCACGAGUUCAGUUCAUGUGUAAUGUGCAAAGGCGCUGCCGAAGAAUUUCAGAUCUUGGCAAAUUCCUAUCAACGCCCUGGUGCAUUCACCACAAAGGUAUUUUUUGCAAUGGUGGAUUAUGAUGAAAGCCCUGAGGUCUUUGAAGCACUCCAGGUAACGUCAGUUCCGAGUUUCUUCCACUUUUCUGCCCAAUGGAAAUUUACAACAGAUGACAUUUAUAAUUUGAGAGGAAGGGAUAUUGUUGCUGACCAAAUGGCUGAAUGGGUAGCAGAAAGAACACAUGUCAGUGUCAGAAUCAGACAGCCUACAAAUUAUCAUGGUCUCCUCAAGCCGGGCAUACUGUUGGCUCUCAUUGGUGGACUUGGGUAUUUCUUGAAAUGGAAUAGGAAAUCUAUUUCUUGCAGAAUUUUGUGUGAAGUUUUAACUCUGUGCUUUGUGAUUGUGAUGACAUCUGGUCAAAUGUGGACUUAUAUAAGAGGAGAACCGUAUGUCCAAAGGGACCCUCGCACAGGACAUAAACAUUAUAUCAGUAAAUUUAGUCAGGCUCAGUUUGCAGCAGAAACAUUCAUUAUUUCCCUGUUUAAUAUGUGUGUUAGCCUGGGAACGGCGCUGUUAGACAAGGCUGCCACCUCUACGAUGACCAUCAUAAAGAGAAAGAUGAUGUGUCUGGCUGGUAUAUGUCUUCUUGCCAUAUUCUUCAGUUGGCUGCUUUCCCUCUUUAGAUUUAAAGUACCUGACUAUCCAUACAGCUUUGUCUGGGAUUAAAAAGGAUCCUACAGACAUAGACAAUGAAGCAAGAAAUUUGAAAAAAAAAUGUGAAGCAGAAAAAUGCAAACUCAUAGCUUUUUAAAGUAAUUGAGAUUUCACCAGAAGAGACCAUAAGUGCUUUAAGUGCUUUCAAAAUCUGUCAAGUAUUAUAGUUUGUAUCUUCUCUGCUCUUAAUUUUUCUCCCCGAGUGUUAUAGAUUACCUCAAGUCCAAUUAUUAAAAUAUUCAGAGAGUACAA